GAUUUUGUUUUCCGUGUACGCAUGUCUCGGUGACAUAAAUCUGUUACAAUAUUUAGAUAAAAACUUCUAUACAUUUUGAUUAUCACGUACGUAAAUACAUUUUAAGUACGUGUGAAUUCAAAAUAAACGAGUAUUGAAAAUGGAAGAUAGUCUCGAGCAGAUAACGGACGAUAUCGAACAAAACUUUCUAACACAGUUCAGUUCUAUGGUCACGACUGAUAAGGAUGAUUUAAUUAAGCAGUUCCAGACUUUAGGUGAAAAUCUAAAUUAUUCUACAGCUGCUUUUUUUUUGGAUAUGAGUAAUUGGAAUUUACAAGCAGCAGUAGGAUGUUAUUUCGACUUCAUGUUUUUUUCGAGAUUACCUUCUGUGAAAAUUAUUAGUGACCUCACGAUUGGAAAAGAUGAAAAGGUGACACCUAAUACACAAUUUCAGUUGUCUUGGCAAUUGCAAAAUAAUGGAGAAACCAGUUGGCCAGUAGGAUCUUACUUAAGAAGUGAAUUAGACGAUAGGAAGUAUGAUGUACCUUCUCUGGCACCAAAUGAUACUACUAUAAUCACAGUGGACGUAACAAGUCCACCCACGUUUGGAUUUUUUACAUCCAAAUGGUUUCUCUGUACUCCCUAUGGAUCGCAAUUUGGAGAUUCAAUUACAUCGAAUUUAGAUGUAUGUGAAAAUGGAACUCUUGCCAUAACUCAGCAUCUGUCGCAGUUGCAAACUCUAGCUUCAUUCGGUGAAACAAUUGAAAGCACAUCUGUUUCUAGACAGAUGACGUUUACCUCUACAGACGGCACCGGUAACGACAAAGAACAACAGCAGAAGCUAUGUGCAGCUACGCAGUUUCACUUGACGCCAUAUUCAAAACAAGAAUGAAAUUGUAUUGUUUUGUGGCUGUCUUUUGUAACAAGUUGCACUGAGAAAGCUUAAUUUAGGCAGUGGCUACGAUGAGGGCCAAUAGUGCAUUCCCGGUAACCUAGGUUUAAUACGAACAAUUUUCUGCAGUUUGCAGUAGCGUAGAUAAUUUUAAAACUGAUCGCUGCAAAUAGUAGGACCUGAGCGAAAAAUUAUGUGAUUCAGGUUCACUGGCGCAAACAUUCUUCAAAUAAAUGUAAAAAUACACUCAGUAAACUUUGAGGCUUAGCUGAAGUCAAAAGAGGUUAAUAAUGUUUGUCAAUGCCAUUUAUCGACAACUGA